GCCUCGGUGGCUGGUUGCGCGUGUCCGCCGCUGGCUCCGCUCUAUCCGGCUUUGCUAGGGGAGGUGAGUCCGGCCGCGGCGGCACCGGCGGCUGAGGAGGCGGCGGCUGAGGAGAAAGCGGCCGGCAGCGACUGAGGAGAAAGCGGCCGCGGGGACGGGAAGCCGGGUGGGGGGGAGGGGGGGAGACGGAGCAGCCUUGAGCCCUGCGGGGGCCGUCGCGCGGGGGGACCCACCCGCUCUCCCCCCCAACCCUCCUCAGCAGAAGCAGCCGGCGGCGGGGGCAGGACUCAGCCCGCUUCCGACUGCACCCCGCCCGCCUCCCGGGGCUCCUAUUCUUUGGCCCCGGGACCCUAACCUCAUCCCGGGGCGGUUCCCUCUGUCUGCGCGUCCGAGUGUUGCCCACCUCUCUUUCAUUCCUCCCUGCACCUUCUUACCUUUACUUUGCCCCGGUUCUCUUUUCUCCUCUCCGUCCUGCCCUGUCGCCUGCUCUGCUUACCCCGUCCCUCCUGCCUCCUUCCCUGGCUCUUUUCUGUUCUGGAAAGUUUAGUACCCCCCUCCAAUCAGGUCAGCCUGACUAGGAGUAGGGGGAGAUGUAGGAAGGCCUGAGAGUUCGAGGGGGGGGGAAGCUGGUUUCCCUAAAAAUUUUCCCCCCAUCUUUAGAAUUGGGGUGGUUAGAAUUUUUUUUUUUUUAUAUAAAAUUGUAUUUUUGAGGAGGUGGUAGGUGUUUAGAAAAGGAUGUGGGAAUGGAAGGGGUAGAUGAGUCAAACCUCUUACAAGAUUCCAAGGGUGGCGUGUUACCUGAUCCUUUUCGUGUGUGGAGUUCAGGGGGUCGGGAGGUUUGGCCUUUAUUCCCACAUUCAAAGUUGGAACCUCCCCCCAAUUAAGGAUGGAGUUUUAGUACCCACUUGUGGCAGGAAACCUGGGGGGAAGGGGUCCCUUUUCCUUUUUCUUUUCUUUUCCUUUUUCCUUUCCUUUCCUUUUCCUUUUUCUUUUUCUUCUUUUUUCUUUUUCUUUUUUUUUUUUUUUUUUUUUUGUUUUUUUUUGGCAGUCCACUCCCUUCCACACACGCUCACCCCAAAACUAAACACCAAGUUCCUCUAACUUGUUUGGAUUGACUGAUGAAGACAUAAAGCCAGUUACGCUCCAUGUUUUUUGAGGUGGAGUGAGUGGUUUUUCUUCAUUUUUAAAUGGCCAAAUGACAGCUUGACCCAGUUUGCUUUCCCAUCAAAGGGCAUUUUUUUGAAUGUCUCUUUGUGGUGCAAGAGCCAACGCAAAAAUGAUGGCGGCUUACAAUGGCGGUACAUCUGCAGCAGCAGCAGGUCACCACCACCACCAUCACCACCACCUUCCGCACCUCCCUCCUCCUCACCUUCACCACCACCACCACCCUCAACACCAUCUUCAUCCGGGGUCUGCUGCCGCUGUCCACCCUGUACAGCAGCAUACCUCUUCGGCAGCUGCGGCAGCCGCAGCAGCGGCCGCAGCUGCAGCCAUGUUAAACCCUGGGCAACAACAGCCAUAUUUCCCAUCACCUGCACCGGGUCAGGCUCCUGGACCAGCUGCAGCAGCCCCAGCUCAGGUACAGGCUGCCGCAGCUGCUACAGUUAAGGCGCACCACCAUCAACACUCGCAUCAUCCACAGCAGCAGCUGGAUAUUGAGCCGGAUAGACCUAUUGGAUAUGGAGCCUUUGGUGUUGUCUGGUCAGUAACAGAUCCAAGAGAUGGAAAGAGAGUAGCACUCAAAAAGAUGCCCAACGUCUUCCAGAAUCUGGUCUCCUGCAAAAGGGUCUUCCGGGAAUUGAAGAUGUUGUGUUUUUUUAAACAUGAUAAUGUACUCUCUGCCCUUGACAUACUCCAACCUCCACACAUUGACUAUUUUGAAGAAAUAUAUGUUGUCACAGAAUUGAUGCAGAGUGACCUACAUAAAAUUAUCGUCUCUCCUCAACCACUCAGCUCAGAUCAUGUCAAAGUUUUUCUUUAUCAGAUUUUGCGAGGUUUGAAAUAUCUCCAUUCAGCUGGCAUUUUACAUCGAGACAUUAAGCCAGGGAAUCUCCUUGUGAACAGCAACUGUGUUCUAAAGAUUUGUGAUUUUGGAUUGGCCAGAGUGGAGGAAUUAGAUGAAUCCCGUCAUAUGACUCAGGAAGUUGUUACUCAGUAUUAUCGGGCUCCAGAAAUCCUGAUGGGCAGUCGUCAUUACAGCAAUGCUAUUGACAUCUGGUCUGUCGGAUGUAUCUUUGCAGAACUACUAGGACGAAGAAUACUGUUUCAGGCACAAAGUCCCAUUCAGCAGCUGGAUUUGAUCACGGAUCUUUUGGGCACACCAUCGCUGGAAGCAAUGAGGACGGCUUGUGAAGGCGCUAAGGCGCAUAUACUCAGGGGCCCUCAUAAACAGCCAUCUCUUCCUGUACUUUAUACCCUGUCUAGCCAGGCUACACAUGAAGCUGUUCAUCUCCUUUGCAGGAUGUUGGUCUUUGAUCCAUCCAAAAGAAUAUCCGCUAAGGAUGCCUUAGCCCACCCCUACCUAGAUGAAGGCCGACUACGCUAUCACACGUGUAUGUGUAAAUGUUGCUUUUCCACCUCUACUGGAAGAGUUUAUACCAGUGACUUUGAGCCCAUCACCAAUCCCAAAUUUGAUGACACUUUUGAGAAGAACCUCAGUUCUGUUCGACAGGUUAAAGAAAUUAUUCACCAGUUCAUUUUGGAACAGCAGAAAGGAAACAGAGUGCCUCUCUGCAUCAACCCGCAGUCUGCUGCUUUUAAGAGCUUUAUUAGUUCCACUGUCGCCCAGCCGUCUGAGAUGCCCCCAUCUCCUCUGGUGUGGGAGUGACGGUGGAAGAUAAUGUACUACUGAAGAUGUAAUGUAGCUUUCCACUGGAGUCUGGGAUUUGCAAUUCUGGAGGUUAAUCAUGCUUGUACUGUAAUUUUACUAAUGAAGUUUUAAAUUAACAACCACUACUUGUAUGAUAUGAAUAAUAUUUAGAAAUGUUACUAGACUUUUAAUCUUGUAAAGUGGUUGUGCUUUUAGAAGAAAAAUAUUUUACCCAGAGUUGCACAUGUUUUAUGAAUUUAGUGCAGCUGUUAUGGCUCACCUCAGAACAAAAGAGAAUUGAACCAAAUUUGGGAUUUUGGGGUUUUGUGUUUUUGUUUUGUUUUGUUUUUCUUUUUUUUAAAUGAAGUGAGAUUGUUCACACACACACACACACACACACACACACACAGAGGACAGUCGUACAUUUUGAUAUUUGAGCCAUUCCUGAAAAUUUGGGGUUUUCUAAAACAAAAGAAUCUAGAAACCUUGCCUGCGACCAAUCAUGGAGCCACAUGAGCUGAUCGUGGCUGCACCUGGGGGGGUGGGGGGUGGGGCAUGCCACCUAAUGAUCAAGCCCUAUAAUUAGCUUCUCAUUAGAGCCGUGACGGUGAUGUGUGCUGUCUAAAAUCCAAUGUUGUGGGUAGAGAGAAUGAGUUUGUGACUAGGAGAGACUAAACUUCUGUUUUCCUUACCCAGUAUAAAUAUAUAUAUAUAUAUUUAAUCUAUUUUUAUUAGAAGUUUUUCUGCUCUUUCUUACAUAAAAGAACCCCCAAGCAUGCAUCUUUCAUGUGUGUAAAUAAUUCAUUUCUGGGCUAAUUUCAAAAGAAUCCCAACAUUGCUGUAUAGAGAGAGAACUAGCUUGCACAUUUUAGGUCUGUGAAAUUUUGUGAGACUUUUCCUGCACUGGACAGUUAAAAAAUAAAUAAAUAAAGACAAAAACAAAUUUUUAAAAAUUUUAAAGCCACAAAAAAAGGCACAUAGGGAAUUAUGUCAAAUGUGUUUGUGUCCUUAGGCAAAGCUGUGGGAGUCUUGAAAUGUCACAGUAGUAAAUAACUUAUUACUUUUUGACAAAUUUUUUUUUCUGUUGGAACACUGAAUUCUUCUGUGCAUAUGUAUAUAUGAAUACAAAUUGAAGGCCUCUACCUCCUGGAGUUAUACAACUUGGCUUGUUUACCUCCACAUGCUGAUGAUGACUAUUUUUUUUUUUUAAGUUCAAUGUGGAGACUUGAAACUUGAAUGUCCCUUCCAACUUUUAUAUUAAAAAUAAAAAGACAAGAAAAUUGAAGAUCGUUUUUCACCUGUACAAGGAAUAACUAAUGGAUCGUCUUAAAAUUGGUCUAGGAAAAAACCUUGGUGUGUGUUAUGGACAAUUAACUGUUAAAGUUACUGUAAGUUAUCUGUAUUUAGCAGAGUAUUUUCAUCUUGAGUGAUCUGAGCUGAAUUUGAAGACUAUUAAUAAGUUAUGUUUGGAAGUUUUAACUUCAAUGAAGUAAUUAUUUGCUGUGAAAGAAACAAACAUUGAAUUACUAAACAAAGAUGGUGCAAUAUCUUUGUUUUUUUUUUAUGAGGCUCCUGAGAAUCAACCCAACUGAAGCAUUUCAAUUCACUUGAAUGAGAAACGUGUUUAGUAUCAAAAGAGCCCAAGAAGACACUGGUGUGAAAGGUACAAUCUCAGAGGUUGGUCAAUUACCGUGGCACACUUACUGGUCACUUUGUACAAUGUAGAUUUGAAGUACAGUGGUGAAAACAUUAAAUGUGACAUUUGAAAAAGA